CUAUGCUCUAUGUCCUCUAUGUUUCUUGCAUGUGUUUUGUGUUUCUUGCUGUGUAAAUGAUUUUAUGUAUACAUGCUGUAUACUUGCUGUUGUCUUGACUUUCUUGAAUUUGUGAUUUGUGUUAUUUUUUAAAAAAAAUUGUCUUGAAGUAAAACGGUAUUAAAGAUUUACAUUUGGUAUUUGGAAUUAUAAUAUGAUAUGGGUAAUUUAUAACAGAGUUUUUUUUUCAUUUUAAUUGAAUUUGUAUCAACAAUGCAGAAAUACAAUUCAGGUGUUGGAUUGAACAAUUUUGAUACAAUUUGUAGAGCUUGUUUAAUUGAAAGCGCCGAAUUACAACUUAUACAUGACAUAAAUUUAGGAGUACCAAAUAAUGAAACGAAGCUUGAUAUAAUAGCUUUGUUUAAAAAGUAUUGUGAUAUAGAUGUAAAUCAUUUAGACAACAAACCACAGAAAAUAUGCAAAUUAUGUAUAUCACUAUUUUCACAGUUUUACUGUUUUCUUGAAAAAGUAACACUUUCAAAUCAAAUAUUUGAUACACUUUUGGGUAAUGUAGUCUCUCAGAAUAGUUGUUUGGAUUUAAAAGAUGAAAUUGAAGAUAUAAAAUCAGAAGUACUCAGUGAAAAACAAAUAAUUUUGAAUAAUAAAAUUGAAGAUGGCAGUGAAACUUAUAUUAGUGAUACUGGUGAACAAUACACGAAUAGCGACAAUGAUUUAGAUUGUAAACCAUCAAAAAAUGAGUUCAGUAGUGAAGAUAGUAAUGUUAAAUUAGAAGUAUCAACUAAUAAAUUGAAAGUAGAAAGAAAAAAAUCAAAGUCCAAAGAACUGAAAUGUAUAAGCAACGUAAAAUUCCCAAUAAAAAAUCUAAAAGAAACGCAAUAUGAUGGGGCAUUUAGUUGCAAACUGUGUGAUAAUAAAGAAUUAGGAGAGAUCGAUACCGUUAUAGAGCAUUAUGAAAAGUAUCACCUUGAAGACUUACAAUGCAUCCUUUGUCUUAGGACAUUUACCAAACACGUACCAUUAUUUCAUAUUGGUUUACAUUCUAAAAAAAGCUAUGUGUGUAGACCUUGUCGGCUGCUGUUUCGAACUAAAGAACAGUAUGACGAUCACAACAUGAAGUAUGACCAUGAUAAAUCUUUAUCUUGUCGAAUAUGUGGGAAAAGCUUUACACGAAACUACAAAAAGAAUAAGCAUAUGCUGAGCCACUUAAAAGAAAAGAAUUAUUCUUGCAGUAAAUGUGGGAAAACAUUUACUUAUAAGACAAGUUUGGUAAGACAUUUUAAAAUUCAUUUUGGUAAAAGAUUUCUUUGUUCUUCUUGCGGAAAUGCGUACACCACUAAGUUUAUGUUACAAAGACAUUAUAAUAUAAUGCAUAAAAAUGUGGAUGUUGAUGGAAAACCACUACCAAAACCACCUCCAAAGCCAGUCCAUCUCCAGUGUGAAUUCUGUGGUGAGGUAUUUACAACCAAGUAUGGUUAUGGUAGACAUAUUCGAAGACAUCCCGAGUUCAAUCAACAUAAAUGUAAAAUUUGCUCUGCCAUGUAUGAUAACAAGGAUCAGUUGGAUGAACAUAUGGAAAUUAAACAUAAUAAAUAUACUUGUGAAGUAUGCGGAAGACGUUUCCCAUUUGAAAGCGAACUCAAAACACAUUUUAGAAAACACGAAGAUAUGGAAAUGGCCAGAUUUCGGUGUGAAAUAUGCGGAAAAACUGCUCGUACCUCAACGCAGCUGAAAGUUCAUUUGAGGAUUCAUACAGGGGAACGGCCCUUUUCUUGUAAAAUUUGUGGGAAAUCAUUUAAACAAACUGCCCAUCUAAAGGUUCAUAUGUAUCAACAUACUGGAAAAAUGCCAUUUAAAUGUAAAAUAUGUGAAAAAACUUUUCCAUUCCAGCACAUAAUGGAAAUACAUAUGCGUACACACACUGGCGAGAAACCUUUUCAGUGUAUUUCCUGUGGCAACGCUUAUCAUGAUAAGACAACAAUGCAAAAACAUCAGAAGAAAAAGCACCCUGAAAUGCCUUUGCAAAAAGUUGUAAGAAGUGAAUAUAAAAUGACAAAAUUAAUGUAGAGUUUUGAAAACCAAGAUCUUUAAAUUAGUUUUCUCUUAUAUAUGGUGUAUUUUAUAAAAAUAUUUAUUUUUUUAGAGAUCAGAAUAAGAUAUAUCUUUGAGAAUGAUAAAUCUUUGAUAUUAAUUCAGUUCAAAGUGUAAACCUCAAAGUGGUGAUACCGUCCCCCACUUCUUCGAGGGUAAUUAAGUACAUUUAAAAAAAAAUUAGAAUACAAUAUAUUACUUUCUCCAAAAUAAUUUGAACAAUAAUCGGCACGAUGAUAUAUAUACACAUGACAUAUUAUACACUUGGUGAUUCAUGGCUGUUGGUAAGUUAUUGAUAACGGGUGACGUGAUAAGAUUUUUCGAAAAUUUGGAUUCUUAUACAUACUCAUCUGCUCCAUCUACUAAAAUGUAUUUCAGCCAGUAACGGCCUCAUCAAAGGUCGCCACCGGCUGUAUAAAACCUAAAAAAAUGGCGAAUAUAUAAAGCAAUCAGUUUUAUAAUAGAAUUAUUUCGUAAUAAAUUUUACGUACACUGCUAUUUCUCAUAAAAUAUAUUUAUCAAACAUAUAUACAGUUUUUUAAUGAACUAUGCAACUUGUGCGCUAUUAGAGAAUUUUUAGGCCCUCUGCAGCUUUAAGUCGUUAUACCUUAUCCUUACGUUAUCCGUUAUACUGCUAAUGUGCACUCUUGGCAAAAUAACGAAUUGCGUUUCCUUUGGCGUCUUCAGAAAAGCGUUUUUGCGGCUUGACUACAGGAUGUACUACGUUAUUUAUUUUGGCAGGUGGCGAUUAUUCUAAUCAAAGCGUCAAAUAAUUUAUAGGUAUGAAUCAUUGAAUGUUAGUCAGAGGUUGAGUCUUAUUUCUUAGUUUGGUGAUUGUUACAACUAUUAACUCGUGCUAUUAACAUUUGUGCUAUCUGUUGACAGCUGGUAUUCAAUACCGGUGUUGCCAAAUUUAAGUUUAGAAGAUAAAUUUUUUAAUAAUAUUUUACUAAGCAGGUCAUUAAUCUGACGAGGAAAUACUCGAGGAUUCGUUCCGAGUAGAUAUAGAGUUAUUCAUAAAACUACAUUGCCUAACAUUUAUUUUAAUUAAAUGUUUAAUGACUGCAGUAGAUCCGACAACAGUGUACAAACUUUCACGUUAUUAGCGUUACCGAUAUUUGUCCGUAAGUAGCGUAGUACCGUAUGAUCGAAAAAAAACGGCGUCCAGUUGGCUGGGAAAUGAACAUCAAU